CGUUGCUGUCACGGUGAUGUUAUUAAUCUUUAACAUCAUCAGAGGAGAAGACAUCCACAGAGUCAUGUGAGAAACUGCACUUUAUACUUGUCUGGAUGAGACUUUAAGAGCAAGACGACCAUCAGGAAACAUGAGCUCAAACACAAGAGGAUGAAAAUGUCUUCACUUGGAAGAAUAAGGUUUCAAACGUUAACCAGCUGGUUAGCUUUCACAGCUUUGUUCGGCUCAGCCAAUCCAGGACGAGCAGCUUCUGGCCGCAGCCCUCUGACCUUUGCCCCCACCUGCAGGAUAAGAGGUCAUCCGGAGGUAGAGAUCACUUUAAACUGUGGAGAUGGAAACAACAGCGGUGUGGUCCAGUACUGGCACACUCCCUUCGGGGGCCUCCAGACUCCUGGUUUCCACACUGAACUGGACCCCGUUUUCAUGCACCAUGACGGGAGCCUGGUGAUCCCAAACUCCAGCCUCCUGCACAGCGGGCUGUACUACUGCCUCCUGCAGCGCCCGGAGGGAACCACCCUGUGGCCCUACGACCUUCAUGUCCUCAGCCACCAGGAGCAGGAGGUUUAUGAAGAGAGAAACAGCUGCGCUGCAGUCAGGUUCAGGAGGAACGCCGGCUCUGCAGAGGAGAAGAGCGCCGGCGUCUCAGACGGCCUGUUUGCAGGAGCCGUGGUGGCGUCAGUGCUGCUGACCUUCGUGGUGGGAUUCUGCGCCGGGGCCCUGAGCAGGAACUACGUUCUCAGGUGCUUAGCAACAGUCGCUAUGAAACUGCAGUCAAGGAAGCAGCAGGAACCUGACACGCCAGACCACAGCUCUCAGGUCGCCAUGACAACCUUGCCACCCAUGUAUACCAACCGGUCUUUUGAAGCGGAAGAAGUGAUGCACGACGACUCUACGAGUACAGAUACGACUAUUUCAUCAACGACCGCAUCUCCUCCUCCCAAACCCCAGAGGAGCUUCCGGCAGAAGAGAGCGGCGGGGCAGGAAGCCACCGCCUAUCUAGAGGGGUGCGACUACAUUGAGGAGGAGAGGGCAGAGAGGGACGGGGGGGCAGGAAGGGGUGGGGAGGAAUCGACAGGGUGUGAUGGGGAGGCAGAGGAAGGAGACUUUGGUGGCGUCUAUCUGUUAGAAGAUGUAGGGAGUCGGACUGAGACCGAUGUGGACAAGUGCAGCGAGGAUGAGGAGGAGAAUGAUGGAGAUGAGAGCAGAGAGGAGCAGAGGGACUGGGGAUUGGAGGAGGAGAAUAAGAGCAAAAAGCAUAGUGAGGAGAUUAGAAGAGGCGAGGAAGUUGAAGAAACAACUAGCACAGAAGUGGAAGAGUCACACACAGAAACGUCAGACAACAAAACCAGCAUCACAGAGGAUCCAUCUCCAUCCGCACCCCCCCGGGGGCGCCGCAGCCGUGUCAUCCGGCUGUACCAGUACAACGAAGACGGGGAGAGAUUCCACCACCUUCCAGACACGACUCCCCAACAGCCAGUGCCCCCUCCCCGGCUCAAACAGCGCUCCCGCUCUCUCACACGCCUCAACGCCAUCAUGGCUGCCGCCGCCGCGGGGCCGAUGGAGGAGGGAGACGCGGAGAGAGGGGAGAGGGAGGAGAAGCCAGGCUUCCACAUGGAGAUCUAGAAACCUACAGACUAAUGACGGGCCUCGGCCCGGAACAGGCCUUUUCCUUCGGGCUCACUGAGUUUGGGAGCGGAGUUCCAAGUGAACAGCAUCUUUACACUUUAACAGACUGGAUCACUAAAUGACUGAAUUCCCCUCACCUCCACACGAUCACUUCUAAUUAAAUCUGUCAAUAAUAAGCCAAUAAAUGAAAGUGGCUCAAAAUUUGUAUUUUUAAAAUAAAUGACCCUCCACAGCUUUCACCUUGACAUCAUUAAUGAAAAAAGGGGAAAGAGAAACAUGUAAGGAGUUAACAGACAACCUUGCUGAAGUGGGGAUUAGAACCAGUGACAUGCAGCAGUCAAUACGUCACCAAAACCAUCAAAUAUUACGCUUGAUGCAUGUUUGUCCCUGGGAAGUAUAGCAGAUAAAUUCAAAUACAUUCAUAACUAUUAUUGCAAAACAGUUAAGUCUAAAAAGUAAAACAUGUUUCUCCAGAGCGCUCAGUCACAUUCCUGUCAAAAGUGAGUGUGUGGAAAUAAAUCACCCGUUGCUUUGAAUGCCGCAGGGACAAAGA